CCCCUCCCUUCCCUCCCCCAUCUCUCUCUCUCUCUCUAGAUUUCCAAUUUUUUUCACCUCUGGGUUUCUCUCUCCUCCUCCUUCUCCCCUCUCUCCUUCUCUCUACAUCCCUUCCCCUGAACCCGAUCGGCAUAUAUAUCCACGUCGGAGACGAUAUUAUCGGUUUGUUGAUAUAUACAUUCUGCAUAUAAACACGAACGACCAAUUAGGGUUUCGAUUCAACCCGACGUCGUCACAUAUCGAUGCAUUCUGUCGAUUGAGUUCUUUCGAAGCAAAUUAGGGUUUCGAGCAUCGGCGGUAAUCAAUUCCCUUCGUCUUGCUUUGAUUAUCUUCGUUUAUUUCCAUUAUAUAUUUCGUUCUAAGAUCUGAGUUGUAUUUUCGUGUAAAAUACGACUUAUUUGUUUAACCCUAGUUUCAUUAGUUCAGCCCGAAAUAGAGGAAAGAAAAAAAAAAUUGAUUGCUUCGUCUUCUGAUUGAUUCCGCAGCUGAUUUUGAGGUUAAACUCCGUGAGAUUUUUGGUGCGUUGUUUUAGUUAGCAUCUGAAAUCGAGGGUUUUCUUGUCGGAUUUUCUUUUUUCGUUCUGUAUCCGUUGAAAAAAAAGGAAAAAAAAAGCUAAAAGAAAAGCAAAAAAAAGAAAGGGUACUCAUUUUUCCUCUGAUUAUUUCAUUAUUGUAUCCGUGUGGAGAAAUCGACACGAAACCGGGGGUUUGCAUCUAUAGACAACCGAUUAGGGUUUCGAUACCAGACGUCGCUUUGUCAUUUUUGUUUGUCCCGGCAAAUUAGGGUUUCAUCUGUUGAGGGUUUGCGUCUAUAGAUUGAUUGGUUUAGGGGGUUUGGGUAUAAUAUGGCGUUGAACUUCUCUCAUCGUCCAAUCUUUCCGGCCCAUUUAUCUGAGGACAAUUUAGUUUCUCCAAUGAGGAUUGCGAAUGGUUGUCUCAUGGAAGGGAUUCCAGAGAGGAGUGGGGAUGGGUUUGUUAGGCCGUCGUGGCAUUCAAACCGAGACAUUGAAGGUUGUUUCGAUUAUGGGAGGAGGGAUAGAGUGGAUAGGAGUGGCUCACCGGAGUCUGCUUCCCGAGAUGUUCUUGAUUUAUUGCCUUCGGAUCCUUUUGGCAUGGAUAUAAGUACUACUUUUACCGCACUUACGGGUUGGCUCGAGGAUUUGGAAGUGGAUUAUGGAGGAUAUGGGAGGAAUCAUUUCGGGACUUCUAGAGGAGAGUACGAUCUAUUCGCUGGUCUGAAUUUCAUUUGGAACAAUGCUAUGCAGUUUCAAGCAUUUCCAAGUAAGGUUCAUUUUGGCGAGAAUAAGUCUAAUACAGCUCGUCAAGUUGGAGGUUGCACCCAUGAGAAGGGAGAGGGAAGCUCUUUGACCCAAGAUGGUUUUGGUUCCGUUUCCACGGUGCAUGAUGCCAUGAUAUUUUGUGACGAAAGUACUAGUACUGCUGGCCAGGAAAUACAACAAUGUCACGAGGUUGCUCAAAGUUGUCCCGAUGGAGAUGGUGAAGCUCCUCAUGCGGGUUUGGUUUUCGCCCUCGGUUUUCUGGGUGUCAGGGAUCUUCUUUCCGUGGACCGAGUUUGUAAAUAUUUGCAUUCAACUGUUCGAAGUGAAACCCUUUUGUGGAGGAGUAUUCACAUUGAUCAACCGUUGAAUGAGAGAAUUACAGAUGAUGUUCUCUUGCAAUUAACUUGCAGGGCACAAGGUAACCUGCAGUGCUUGAGCUUGGUGGGGUGCCAAAGGAUCACUGAUGACGGUCUGAAGCGUGUGCUUGAGAGUAACCCCAGGUUGACCAAGCUAUGCGUUCCUGGAUGUACCAGACUCAGUGUUGAGGGCAUCGUAAAUAAUCUGAAGUCUUUCAAGUGUAAGGGCACACCGGGUAUAAAACACCUCCGAAUUGGAGGACUAUAUGGCGUAACCGAUGAGCAUUUUGAACAGUUGAAGUUGUUGUUAGGUGCUGAUAUCCACAACAUUCAUCAGAAUGAUCACAAGCCCCAUUUCUAUCACCGGGGAAACCUCUAUCUGUUGUGUGACGAUGAGCGGGCAAUCGAUAUUGAAACAUGCCCAAGAUGCCAGAAACUGAAGCUUGUCUAUGAUUGCCCAGCCGAGGGUUGUCAAGAGAGAGGAAGGGAUGUCGCUCAAAAGUGUCGGGCAUGUAGGCUUUGCAUACCGCGGUGUGUUCAGUGUGGUUGCUGCAUCAACGACAAUGAGUAUGAAGAAACUUUUUGUCUGGAGUGGCUUUGUUCAGAUUGUUGUAAGCAGUUACCCAAGUCCCCGGAUAGGCAAGAUGGAAAGGAUGGUCUUCCUAAAAAUGGUGGGCUCCAGGACCUGAGUUAUACCUCCUGUUUUCAUGGCUAGAGGACGAUAUUGCUGCAGUUAGUGGCUUUUGCACUAUGGGAGCUAUCCAGGUAUCUCCUGAGAAGAUGUUAGGCAGCUGUUUGAGAUUAUCGUCUCUUUUUGUCUCAUUGUUGCCUCUUGAUUCUGUAGUGUCUUUGUUGGUUGGUCCUUUCUAUGGACUCUUGUGGCCGCUUUGGCUAGUUGGGGUUCAUUGUUUGUGGAGAAAAGAAAAGAGAAAAGGCAGGAAAAAAAUGAAGUAAAAUUAAAGGAAAAAGUAGACGGGAUCUAGUACUAAAACUUUUAUAUGGGUCACUCUUUGUGGUGUUACAUGUUCCUGGUGAAGCUUCAAAUGUCACGACUUCUCUGCAAGUCUCUGAGGUCUUCUUUAAGGAUUAUGUUCUCUCUUUUUCUCUCGGCAAUGCUUCUUGGUUCUGUGGCCGUCAGUUGCUGAUUCUUUUGAUGGACUUUUGUGGCUGCUUUGGCUAGUUCGGGUUUAUUGGUCGUGAAGAAAAGAAGGGAGAAAAGGAGAAGAGAGUUACAUUCAGUUCAAAUUCAAGAGAAAAAGCAGAUGGAAUCAUCUGGUAUAAAAAUUCACUUUUUUUGUGUAUAACUCUUUAAUGGUGUUACAUGUCUCUGCGAGUCUUCUUUUGGCACUGAUCGGCUCCUGGCAAGGGUCUAAGGCGCUAAUGGGCUCCUCUCGAACGACUCUAUGUGUGGAUAAUUUGUUGAUAAGAAGAAGAGGUCAUGCAACGUUGGUGGAUGUUUUGUGCCUCUCUUUCUGAUCAAGUCUCCAUUUGCUUCUCAAAGGAUGUUAUGCUUAUUCCUUUUGAGUGAAAUGCUGCUGGUCUGUUAUUCAUACAACUAGGUUGUCUGGAGAUUGUUUGUGGCGGAUAGCACAGCACCGCCACUGCGCGGCUCGGUCCACUGCCAAUCCAUCUACUUUAUGUCGUUCAUGUAAUCUGAUUUUAUCCAGACUAUUGCACCGCACGACUGUGUUAGAUUUAUUAUGUUUAUCUUUCUAUUUUGAAAGAGCAUCGCACUGGCGUCUCUCUGCCUGCUCUUAUGUCUCUUGUUGUAUCCCUUUCAAAUGUCGUGCAAUAAGAUUUUCUGCACAUUGUUUGAAUGACAAUCACAUGUUCUAGAUGAUGAGAAA